GAACCGUCGCACGAUCGUCUGUUGUUUAGUCUCAGCCGGUUCGUGAGUGAAUCUUCUUUUUUUUUUCAGACGGAGGUUUAGAUUUUUCGAAAUUAGGGACUCCACUCGUCGAAACUGUUUCGUUCCCAGUCUUUAUUAUCAAAUCAAAACGUUCUUUAGGAAUGGUUUGUAUAAAAGAUAUAGAUUUAGAGGACAAAUAAAACAUGUUUAGAAAAAGUCCUGUUAUCACCACUUCCAUACCUUUUGACCUAGCUGUCAAAAGGAAAAUGGAAACUAGUGGAGAAACUACAAAACAUGAUAUUAUAUCAUCACUCUUAUUAGAUGAGGAUUAUGUUUGGGUGGCAUCUGGAUCGACCAUUUACAUAAUGGAAAAGGACACUGGGUCGUACGUGUCUUACCACACUUUUGGAGAUGAGGAUAAUCCAGCACUUCAUCAAUAUAUUACGUGUGUUGAACAGUAUUCAGUUCCUGAUUUUGAUUUACCAUUCAUGAUUAUUGGUACAAAUUCCAUCAAGGAAGGCUUUGUAUCCGUUUAUAACCCUCUCAGUAGCAUGAUAAGAAGAACUGUUAAUAUCGGACGUCAGGUCAGUUGUGUUUCUAUCAUUGAUGAUGGAGUAUCAGAGGUAAGCCCGUUUCCGGGCUUACUUUCAGAAGUAAUGCUGGGAAUCUUGGCCGUCGGGUGUGUUGACGGUAGUUUGAUUUUGAUGGAUUUAAGAAGGGAUUUAUUUUUAAAAGGCGAGUCACAGCCUUUUCCGCCAGAAUGUGAAAUUGCCGACCUCCAUUAUAUUGAUGAACCGUUCAAUAAAAUGGAAGUUAAAAACAAUUUUGAUUUGUGCAUUCACAGUAAAAAUAGUCUUGCUGUGUUGAUGAUAGAAGGGAAAGAGGAAUACCAAGGGGUUUCAGCUCUUUACUUUUCCAAGGAGACUUCAUGUUUAUUCAUCGGCUUUGGAACUGGUUCCUGGGAAAUGCGAAGUAUGCACGACUUCAGAUUACUUUAUUCUACAGCAGAAUGUGAAUACCCAAUUUAUGGUUUUGUUCAACUUGAACCUUGCGAUGAUCCAAAACAUAUGCUUUAUCUUUGGGUAACUUAUCAGACAGUGAAUGGAAAUAUUCCAUUUAUGUCUUUGUAUAACCUUUCAUUUGUUACCAAAGAAGAAGACCCAAACUAUGGAAGAUAUUACAAGGGCUUCAGGAGUUGCACUAUGUCGUUUGAGUUCUUCCCGGACCUAAUUGUUAAAGACGCAGGAAAUAGUAAGGUGGUAUCUUGCACAUCUCUGCCUAGAAAAAUUGCAAAUUCACAUCCAAGGCCUUAUUGUAAAGUUGAUGAACCUCACACGUUGGCUUUUACUGGAUUGUGGGUAGAGAAAUCGAAUGCUAGCUGUUCGUAUCUGAUUGUUUUUGAUCUUGACCAAUGGUAUAAAAGUCAAAUGCCGACGUCGAGUAUCGCAGUAUCACCAUACCUGGAUGUCGUCACCAUUACCGACAAGCAUGUAGACGGAGUGAACAUAAUCCGCUCAUCUUUAAAAAUGGAAAAUAAAGGCUCAUUUGAAGUUUAUUUCUAUCCACAGUCUCUUGACUAUGAAAUUCUUUGUACUUGUGAAUCAGAAUUUAUUAAAGUGAAGAAACAUAGUCUGCAAUCGAUUUGGACAGAGAAAAUUAAAUCUACAGGAGUUACAUCAUUGGUAUUUCCUACGAAAAUGUGUAAGGAAGCAGUUUAUGCCGGUCUUAUUCCAAAAUUCCUUGACCCAAUCAAUGUCACCCAAUGUACAGAGGAACAAAAACGAGCGUUUUUACUGUCCAUAUUAAUGGAACUGAAUUUAACAUACAUAAUAUCGGAUGCCGUUAACGUAUGGAAAGAGGGCCAUCAAAUAUCAAAUGGUUGCAGUUUAGAGUUUAUCGUUGACUGGAUGUGGAAUACUGUUUCUAGUGUUUGGGAUAAAGCUAAUUCUAUAUGUUCACAACUUUACAACGGUUCUGGCACUAGCAUAGAAUUCAUUAACGUGGAUUAUUUAUAUUAUUCAAACAAGACAAUAAAUUCAUUUGAAACAUUAUUCAGUGGUUUGUUAGAGCAGUUGAAACUUUAUCUCCCUAAAGAGGAUCUAGAUCAUAAGUAUAAUGCAAUGUGUGUUAUACAAUUGUAUUUGAGAUACGUAUGCAUUUUUUCUGGAGAGAAUUUACUGCCAGAAAAAAAUAGCGAUGGAUUACCAGAAUCGUCGAUUUAUUAUGAUUACCAGGGAUUGAAAGCUAACUAUGAAAAACUAAAAAAGGAGACGAAAAUCAGGUGCAUGGAUAAUUUGAAUAAAAGUGGUCAGCCGGAUCAUAGCCUUUAUUUAUUGGAUUAUGUUAUUGGACAACAUAAGCCUGCAAUUGGCACUCAAUGGGAACAGGAAGGUGGUACGACUUCAUACCCACCUCCCUCGAUUCAAAGUCUUCUUCGCACAUGUCUCAUCCAGGGUGUACCUCAGCCUGUUAUCCAUUGCAUUUUUCACUAUUUUAUACUUGACCUUAUUGAUCUACUUCAACAAAAGAAUUGCAGAGAUUCGGUUCAAAAGCUUAAAGAACUCGAGGCGAAAGAAUUUUCCAACUACAAAGAUUAUUAUAUAAUGAAAGGUUUAUGGAUGAUAGACCACUUACAGUUUGAGGAUGGUUUGAAUUGUCUUAUUAUACAAGAUUCUCUGAUGUAUACCCUUCCUGUCGAAACACACAGGGCGAUACUGCAAACAUUUCUUUCGAAUAAUCAAGGAAAUUUGGCUUAUAAGUUAGUGGCACUCGAUGACGGCAAUAAGUUUACUCAGUUGGAUGAUAUUAAAUUGGAGAUGAGUAUUCUCAUUUCCAAUGGGCCUCCUAAAGAUGCGUACAACUUUCAGAACAAAUUCAGUGAACACAAAGAGAAGCUUUUUAUGCAGUUUUUGGAAGGUUGCCUCCAUUCUGCAGACUUGAGAAACUUUUUAUUUAAGUUAAAUUUGGAUCCCGAAGAAGAACGUCUGUGUGAACUCUUCUUCAAUACAAACAAAACCCCUUUAGCAGUAAAGUUUCACUUACUGUAUUUAAUACAUCAUAGAAGGUAUUUUGAAGCUGAUGAAAUAAGAAAACGGCAUUCAGAGGGUAAAGCAAAUUUGUUAGGCGAAAGAAUAGUAAAAGGGCUAGUUUCAGUGUUGCCUCCAAUUGCCAAGCAAACAAAACUAUGCGCCCACUCAGCAAAACAAGACAUUUUGCAACAUUCUGCAGCCCAAUGCUUAAAACCGAAACCACUCUCAGUAUUUAUAAAAUCAUCCAAACAUAACGUCAAAUCAAUUAAAGAUUUGAUAAUCGCAAACAUGGCAAGUACAUGGCGGAUGAAAAAUGUUAAUACAAAUCAGGCUGUGACAUCAAAUGUGCAGCCACCUUCAAAUAUGUUUAAAAAGAAGACAAAGCAAGAAAUAAACGAGGCAGAAGUUGAAAAAGAACCCGUUGCUAGUCAGUCCACAAGCUAUGUCAAUAUUAGUAAGUUUUCUCCAAUGGAAAUAGAUCUGUCGAGUUCACAUUUGCCGGCGACAUCAAGUAUAAAUAAAAGAAAAGUUCGCCGUUGGGAAAAGGCCGAAGUCAAGAGGAGAAAAGUUACAAUUCCUGACUCUACUGAGAAAACUCCGGAUAAACAGUUUGGAAUUCCGAAUAAACUGUUUGGAACUCCAUUGGUAAAGAAGCAAACACACAAUUCAUCAAACGAUCACGCCGUAACACCAAUUCUUAAGUCAGGGAAGACGACUCCUGUGGCCAUUGCAAAACCAGGAAAUAGUUUCUUUCAAAGUGAUUUGGGCACACCUAAGAAAUCAAUUAGAUUCAAUGUCCCAGAAGAAAGCCCACAAGAUGAUACACAGACUAAUGACGCUAAAGAAGAGGUUAGCAAUGAGGAGCAGAAAUUAUCCUUUUUAGAGAAAGUUUCGAGGGAUGUUUUCAAAAAUGAAGCUGGUAUAAGUGAAACGGAGGAGUUAUCAGACAGAGAAGAGGAAGUCGAGUGUGAAGAAGUGGAAGAGGAGGUCAAUAACGACAAUUCGCCAUUUGAAUCUGAAGCUGAAGCUCAGUUCGAUGAAAUCGAAGAGUCAAGGAGGCUUGUUAAAGAAUCAGCAGAUUUUUCAUAUUCAGAUGAUUCUUCCAUCGAAGUGAUAGAAAUACGCGAUAACUCUCCAGAAAAAUCCCCAAUGUUUGGAGAAGAUCAAGAAGGAUCUGCAACUAGGCAUUUUGCGACCAUUUAUGACGAUGACAACUCACUAAAAGAAGAGUCUCCAAUGCUGGGAGAAGAUGAAGAUCCUGCAAGGCUAGGUAUCAAUAUUGCUGAUGAAGAUUUCAUUCAAAACUCAGAAGAAGGUCUGGAUAUGAACCUCGGGGAUGAUGCAGAAAGCAAUUCUAAAUGGUUUCCGAAAUUCAACAUCCAGGAAAGUAAAGAGGAUUCAAAUUUUUCAGAAGACUCACCAUUGGUUGUAGAAGAAAUUCAUGGCUCUUCGAAAGAACCACUUGGUAGUAUUUAUGAUGAUAAAACUUCAAUAAAAGGUUCCCCAUUGCUCGAAGAAGAUGAAUACUCAUCAAUGGAUAUAGAAACAAUGAGCUUCAAAACAAAAUAUGACUCUCAGUCUAAAGAAGUAUCUUCAGUAAAAACGGAUGAAACAAGAGGUGAAUCAUUAGACGUAAAUAUAGGAAGUGAAGAUUUCAUUCAAAACUCUCGAGAAGGUUUUGUUGCGGACUUAGAAGAAGAAGUAGACAGCAAUUCCAAAUGGUCCCCUAAAUUCAACAUAGAAGAGAAUAAAGAAGAAUCUAGCUCAUCAGAAGACUCGAGAAUGAAUGAAGAAGAGAUGCACAGUUCCUCAAAAGAUGCAGAUAAUGCAAAUACCGUAUUACUUGAUGGAGACUUUCUACUUGAAAAAGGGCCACCUGCAAAUAUCGUUGAAGAGAUCGAGAUGUCUCCUGGAGGAUCACCAGAUAACAUCGCCGAGGAGAUAGAGGUUUCACCAACAGGAUCACCAUUUAAGUCAAUUGAAGAAAUACUGAACACUGAAAAAGAAUCGUCCUUUCACUUUGUAAAGGAUACAGACAGUUGUCAGAAGAAUGCUGAUAUGUUUGCAAAGGAUUGGGAUAGCUCGUCAAAGAAUUCAUCUUCUCAGUCAUCGGAACGCAGUUUGUAUACUUCCACAGCUGAAGAUAGCUCUAACAAGACCACACCAUUGCAAGGCAGUGCAGAACAUUCACCGAUUCGCUUUGAAGAAGUUUCCAGUUCUGUUGAAAAAACAUAUUUUCAAUUUUCAGAAGAUGCUCAAGAACAUUCAGAAAAAUCAGAGAUCAUACCAAAGGAACAACCUACCGGAACAAAAGAGCAAUCUUUUGUACAACUGCCAGAAGUCUCCAGCUCUCCAGACAGUAUGUCAAUCAAUUAUUUUCUGUUUGAUAUGUGCAUGCCUACCUUAACAGCUUUAUACAAAACGCCCAGGGAACCUGAAGAACCACAAAUGCCCACUGAGAGGGCAGUGACAUCUGAUAUAGAAGAGAAAGAUGAUCAUCUACCAAAUUUACCUGUCAGUGAAAAUAGUGAAACUGAGAUCACUCUUAAAAGUAAAUCAAGUUUAAGCCCUAAGAUAUAUAUAUGGGGACCACCGAUUCAAUCCAAAGACGAUUUUGCUUCUGAGUGCGAUGAAGUUAUGCCAGGAUCACCGAUUCAAUCCACAGAUGAUUUUACUUCUAAUGAGUGCGAUGAAGUUAUAUCAGGAUCAACGAUUCAAUCCACAGACGAUAUUACUUCUAAUAAGUGCGAUGAAGUUAUGCCAGGAUCACCGAUUCAAUACCCAGAUGAUUUUUCUUCCAAAGAGUGCAAUGAGGAUCUGAUAGAAUCUCCUGCUCAACAUGAAGCAUCUAUUUAUGUCGAGAGAGACAUGUCUUUUGAGGAGAAGAACAGCUCUUGGCCGAUUGAAAGCAAAGACACUUUGACCUCUAUGGAAUUCAGCGAUACUCAACCAAACAUACCUGCUGAUCUUCCAAAGGAAUGUGAUACAACUGUGCCACAAUCUAUUCAAGUCAAGGAGACACGUCUAGCAGAUGAAAAUGUGCCAGUUAAUAUCCCAAAAACAUUUGAAUCAAGCGAAAGCCAUGAGACACCUCCAAGAUCACCAAAGGAAUUGAGUAAACCAGAUCAAACUGCAGAAGAAUCAAAGUUAGAAGUUAAACUUAGAGAAGAAUGUGAUGCUUCUUCAUCUUUUGUCGAUGAACAGCCAGCUGAAGCAGAUGGCUCAUCAAAGAUGUUUUCAGUUGAAAUGGAGAUGGAAGAGGAGAAGGACGAUGCCAAAUCUCAAAUGUCAUCGUUUACAUCUAUGGAAAUGGACAGUACUUUGACAAUCCCUGGUGUACAUUUCAAAAAGGUUUCAGAAGAAGUUUUUUUAGUGUCAUCGCUUACAUCUAUGGAAAUGGACAAUUCUUUGGUAAUCCCUGGUGUACAUUUCAAAAAAGUUUCAGAAGAAGAUGCACACAGCAACGUUGUAGAAGAAGAUCCCAAAUUUACAGAUCAAUUGACAUCUGUAAAGGAGAAGGAAGAAACUCAAACUGAAGAAAAAGACAUACCUGCUGAUCUUCCAAAGGAAUGUGAUACAACUGUGCCACAAUCUAUUCAAGUCGAGGAGACAUGUCUAGCAGAUGAAAUAGAUAUGCCAGUUAAUUUCCCAAAACCACUUGAAUCUAUCGAAAGCCAUGACACACCACCAAGAUCGCCGAAGGAAUUGAAUAAACCAGAUGAUACUACGAAAGAGGAAAUAUUAGAAGUUAAACAUAGAGAAGAAUGUGACACUUCUUCAUUGUCAUCGUUUACAUCUAUGGAAAUGGACAGUACUUUGACAAUCCCUGGUGUACAUUUCAAAAAGGUUUCGGAAGAAGUCGCAGAUGAUAACGAUGUUGCAACACCCGUGCAAAGAUCGAAACGCAGAAAAUACAAGAAGACCCCGGGAAAAGCCUUGAAGUUAUCAGAUGAAUCUGAUUCGUCAUAUGGUUUGUUGGAUUUAGGAAUGUUGGAAGAAACACAAAUUACGAAAGGUACUGAAAUUACUGAAAAUCACCCUCAUAAAUUGAAACCAACCCCUGGACGUGUAUUAAGAUCUACUACAUUAGUCGAUUAUUCAUAUAGCGUCCUCGACACUGCUAUGUUGAAUAAUGAGCCUUCUGAAGUUUUGGAAACUAUCAGUGCAAAGCGUACUGCUGGCAGUCGGAAGCGGAGAUCUUCUUCACUUGAGCCAACUAAUACAAAAGCUGGAGGCUAUUCUAAGGUCCGAACUGUGUCUGAAAGUCAAGAUGAUAAAGAAGAGAAACAUACACGACCGAGGAGAAGAGCGGCUUCUCUUGAGCCCGAGCCAGUCGGCGAAAAAGUAAUCAAGGUGCCUAAGACCAAAGUAAGCUCAAGGAAAAAGUCCCAAAACAUGCCUGUUUUAUCGUUAACUCCAAGUACGUCGGAAGAGAACGCUCCUACAGUCAGUAGAGCCCCUAGCACUUCUUCAACUAGUAAAACAAGCUGUUUCAAAAAAUUGAAUUUCACCAAUCUAGAAGCUGAGCCGAUCAGCCCUAAAAAACCCACCACAGGGAAAAAACGUGCUAGUUCUGUGAAGUCUUAUUUUAAAUCAGACAGUGUGCCAAAUGAAGAAGGUCAUAUUUCACAAAGAUUGCGAAAGCGGAGUUCCUCUUUCACAACUCUUUCUUCCUUAAACAAAGUCAAACCAAAACUGAGUAAUCUGGAAAAUAUCAUUGAAGAUGAAGAGGAAGAAGAUAAAGAAAUAAAUAAACCAUCGGCCGAAGUCAAGAAGAAGAAAAUAAAAGUUAAACAGUUCACUUACAACGAUUGGCUUAAACUAGAACAUUCGAAAACUGACAUGUUAAAAAGAGUCAGUAUGAUGUUUCCAGAUUGUACUCAGGAACCAAAAUCUCCGCAAAAAGGGCCAGGGAAAGUCUUGCGUUCUGGAAAAGUGGUGGAGGGCGUAUCAGCAGAUUUGGAUAAUAAAAUGGAAAAUAAGGAAAUUGAGGCAGUUGUAGCGGAGUAUUCUCAGCACCGCAGGGUUACUAGAAAUCAAGUUUCUGCGUUGAGAAGAUCCUUGUUGAUGGACUCUGAAGAUGAUAUGUUGAUAUUCACACCGCCAGAAAAGUCAAAGGAAGAUAAACAAGCGAAAACUUUGAGCAAGGGGGAGGCUUCUCAGGCUUCUUCAGUCAACCAGCCGGCCGAGGAGGUAACAGAGAAAAAAGAGAAAAAAAAGAAGAAGAAAGCACCUCGUCCAUAGCCUGGCCGGUCGAACACUGCUGUUAAUAUGAAUACAUCUCACCCUGAGAUUUUCCUUUCCAUUAUGAAAUGAUGUUUUUUUUUGUUUUUUUUUUGUAUAAACUUGAGCAUUACUCAAGUUU